GCAGUUACAGUGAACAGCAAAAGAUGUCAGACCAACCGGAUGAUACUCAGAAACAGACCAUGAAUGAGGUGAAGAAUUUUAAAAGGAACAGCUUAAGGAAGACACAAACCGAAGUAAAGGUUAUGCUGCCGACAAAAGAGGUGAUUCAGCAAGAGAAGGAUGCAGUUAAGACAACCUCCUGAUAGAAGCUGGUCCCCUGCUGCUUCGCCGAUGUGCAUUCCAAAUGCCAACCAGUUUGCUUUAGACACAAGUCCGGCACGUUCAUAAUCAGAGCACUGUGCCUUGAGGACCCUCGCCUUCCAAUAUUCAGGGCGCAUUCCACUUGUAUUUGGUGAUUGUAUCUUCUGUUGUUUAUUUGUUUUGCUUUUGACACCGCUUUGAGCGCAGAAAAGUGGGAGUAAUGUAGGCCAGGGUGAGGGUGGCAGAUACUGGGUUUUUGCAUGGCAGAUCCCAGCUGGAUUUAGACAGUGUAAUGGUGAUUUGUGGCUGUUCUUUUUAUUUUUGCCUUCCAAUUUAAAAGAACACACAAAACUUAAUUCAUUGUUUAAUAUGGAAAAGAAAUAAAAUGUACAUUUGAAAUAA